UCCCUUCAUUUCAUGCCCCUUAUUUUCACUUUCUCUCUCCUCCCCUGUUUUUCCAUUCAAAUUCCUCUGUUAUUUUUUUUUUCUUUUGUUUCAAAAUAAAAAAAAUGGUGAAUGAUUUUAUGGUGUGUGUGGAUCGUAUACUAGCUUCUGCUUGUUUACAUUCUGUAAAUGAGUUAGAAACAAAUUCUGGGAAAAAUCAAAUUGUUGUUGAUGACAAAAAAAUUCAAAAAGAAAAUCAGAAAAGUAUCACUUCUUCUUCUUCAUUUUGUUUGGUUGAAAAAGAAAUGAAAGAGUGUAGAAUUUGUCAGGAAGAAGAUGAAGAUAACUCACUUGAAUCUCCUUGCUCUUGUAAUGGCACUUUAAAGUUUGCUCAUAGGAAGUGCAUUCAGAGAUGGUGCAACAAAAAGGGUGAUAUCACCUGUGAGAUAUGCAAUCAGGUCUUCUCACCCAACUACACAAUCCCACCGAGAUCCGACCCUGAUGUCAUGGCAGUUGAUCUUAGCCAAGCUUGGGGUCAUCAUUUUGGUCUCCGUGACCAUCAUCUUUUGGCUCUGGCUGCUGCUGAGCGACAAUUACUGGAAUCAGAAUAUGAUGACUAUUCCGUUGCAAAUGCCGGGAAUGUCACUUAUCUACGCUCAAUAGCUAUCGUUUUGAUGUUUGUCUUGCUAAUCCAUCAAGUGCUGAUGAUUACAAGAGAUUUUGGGCUUAUGCAGGGGUAUUUGACAUUUUUACAUUUUGAAGUUUCCUUCCUUCAGCUUGCUGGCCUUCUUCUUCCAUGCUAUGUCCUGGCUCGAUCUUGGUACAUUUUGUACACAAGGAGGAGAAGACAGUUUCAGGGUUGAGCCAUCAACAUUCACAAGAUUAAACUAAUUUCAAUUGCAGAAGAUUUUCCUCCAUGUAAGAGGUCUAUAUUGCAUACGGCUGCUGCUUCUCUUCAUAGCAUUUAGACUUCGCAACCUGAGUUGGCAGACGAACUUGCUGCUAGAUAUCAUACUGGUUUCCUCUUCAAGAUGUAGGGCGGCACUCAAACAAAGUGUAAAUGUAAACUCUUGGGUGCUUUAGGCUAUUAAGCUUCUCUGUCUCUUCUUUUUCACAGUUUUCAUGUCAACUUCUUAGCACAUCUUGGAAAACAAUGUCAGGAUUCUUUGUAAAUGUCGCGGAAAUGUGAAUUAUGGAAAAGCCUGGUGCUGCUAUAAUGAAAAGUUUAAAUUGCCUGUUGGGGCCAAUUAGCAAAUCAAAA